AUGGAUUUAUUAAAGUAUUAUUGCAUGAGCUGCAUUAAUCCCUGCUCUCCAGAGAAGUAUGUGAUUGAUCAAAAUGAAAUCGAAUUUCCUAGCACAAAUAAGACCGAAUUUAGAUCGAAGAUUUGGGAUUUUUAUUAUUCAACAUCAGGCAGCUAUGCAAUGUAUGAUAGACAAUUGCAUAGCCUAGACACAGAAAUGAAUGAAAAGAAAUAUUUUAGAAGGAAUAAUAAUAGUAAAAAUUUAAAAAACCUAGAAAAGGUUAAAAUAAUACAAGACUUUUUUUUAGACAACGAAACAGAAAGCAAUUCUAUGAAUAAAAAUAUGUAUAAUGUGCAAAAUAGUGGGUCAUUAAAAGGUGAUAAGGAAUGCAAUAUAUAUAGUAUUAAUUCUUUUAAUAAAACUGCAAACAUAUUUAUAGAAAAUAUAUUUGAUAUAGCUAUUGCUCCAGAAAAGGAAGUUACAUUGAAUAAAAAAAAAAACGAAAAAGGGUAA